CGUCUAAGUUAGACGCGUUUUUGUGCUUUUCAGGUUUCUUACAUACUUUUCUUCAUUACAAAAAACCUGUAGUUUUUACGGUGUUUCGUUAUUGAAAAAUUUGACUUAUAUUUUCAAGUGGCUUUUCUUAUAAAUGACUUUGAAUGUUCGAAGACUUCAAGGAAUUUUGUGUUUUGUGAUACAAUAUUGAAGUGAUUUCGUGUUCUGGGAUUUGGUGGCGAUCUAUGGGAUACGAUCGCGAGUAAAAUGUCGAAGCGAGGAGAAUAAGAGUUCCUGCUGACAACAUGGCGACAUUAACACAGAUUGUUGAGGAUAGAAAAGACAUAGAUCAACGAUGUGGAAACGAUAGACUGCCUUCUCUAAAAGACAUUGAAAAAGAUACUGAAACAGCAGGACAUAACAGAUUAAAAAUAGCAUCCGCUGAUAUGGAUUGCUACAGAAGCAAAAAUCCUUACAUCCUGUAUAAUAAUUUCAGAUACAAAAAAGAACUAUCAAGGGUGGCCAUGAAAAGGGAAUAUGGUUUCUAUAGCUAUUGUUUUAUUAGUGUUUGCUUAAGUUUCAUAUUAGGAUUACUUAUCGGAGUUGCAAUAGUGGGAUCUCCUGAAACAAGAGUGAUUUCUCCUAGUUACAAUCCUAGAAAAUUAGUGAGAAUAAACACUACUCGAGAUGGACAUUCGAGAAGUUUAAAUUCUCUAAAAUUGACUGAUAAUUUUAAGGUAGACAAAGAUUUUAUAUUUUCCGAAAAAGAAAAAGACAGAUUUGCGACGGUAUCGUUUACGGGUGCUAUUGAACCUCAUAAAUACAACAUGGACGUGUAUCCAAAAGGGCUCACGGACGAUAUGAAAGAAAUUUUAAAAGAUAAUAAAGUUUCUCGUCAUAAGCACACUAUAAUGAAUGUUGUCAAUACAACUUCACAUGUACCCAAUGACGAAACAGUUCUAUACCAAAACAUUUACUGGGGUCCCGAAGUAGAAAACUCAAUGCCUCAGGGUUACGGCGAGAAUUCAGCUGAAAUAUGGGAGAGAUAUGUAAACCAAAGUGAAAUCGUUAAAAUGGAAACAGGCUGUGGAAGAAUGCAGAAUCGAUUAGUAACUUUUAAAGAUGGGAUUCAAGCUUGCGUGCGCUAUAGACAGAAUACGGAUCAAAUACAGGGAGAAAUCUUUAGUUUCUAUGUAGCAAGAUUGUUAAAUUUAACAAAUGUUGCUCCCUCCGUUGUCAAAGUCGUCGAUUUAAAAGAUAAACUAUGGCAAAGUGUAUCUAAUGAUAUCGCCACAGCGCAAUGGAACACCAAUCGUGCUGUAGUAUUAACUCAGUACAUACCAAGCUUAGAACCAGCAACUAUACCUGAAAUUUUUAAACCUUCCACAAGACAUUUGAACAAAAUCGAUGUUUUUAAAAUUUCCUUUAAAGAAAAUGCUACAAGUGAUACCAGUAAGCAAAUUUUGAUAGACAAAUUGAGAAUGAAAAAUGUUAAGACGAAGAAGGAAGAAGUAGAAAAUUUCGAGUACAUAGAUGCGAAACUGAAUAGAAAAACUAUAGACUUGUUUGUGGAGUUAGCGCAAUGGUCUGAUCUCAUAAUAUUUGACUACUUGACGGCGAAUUUAGAUAGAAUUGUAAAUAAUUUAUUUAAUUAUCAAUGGAAUAUAAAUAUCAUGGAUGGUCCAGCACACAAUCUGGCAAGAAAAAUGGACAGUGGACUUUUGCUGUUCUUGGACAAUGAAUCUGGACUUUUACACGGUUAUAGACUGCUGAAAAAAUAUAACAUGUAUCAUAGUCUGAUGCUUGAUAAUUUGUGUGUUUUUAGAAAAAAGACAGUCGAUGCUUUAAAGCUUUUAUACGACACAUCAAUCGGUUCGAAACUCAGUGAUAUAUAUCAUAAGAAAAACAAUGCAAUUAUUAGAGACAUUUUACCACCUUUGCCGGAGAAAAAUGCAAAGAUUUUACACGAGAGGAUAGGAAAGGUGUUAAGUCAAAUAGAAAAGUGUGAACAGACUUUUUUUAAUACUAGAUAGAGAUUCCAAUUAUGCUCGCACUGAAGUCUUACUAACCUAGACAUUUUAUUAAAUAAUUUUAAUUGGUGUAUGAAGGGCAACAAUUUAUACAUUUUUUAUCCUAAAAUGUUCCAUAUCUUUCUACCGAUGACAAGUUAUUUUAUUGUAAAACUAGAGGAUCCCCGCGACUUCAUACGCGUGCAUUUAGGUGUUUGAAGAUCCCGCGGGAACUGUUUGAUUUUCCGGGAUAAAAAGUUGCCUAUGUCAAU